CCUACGCGCACUCAACAUGGCAGUAGACAAGCAGAGGAGGGAGGCGAGCUAGAGAGCAAGAGAGAGAGGGAGAGAGAGAGAGGGAGGCAGGCUGCCGCUAUCAGGGAAUACUGGUGCCAUUUUCAGCAUCGGAGGGUGAAAGGAUUGAGCCUCGCCGCUGUACAUUUGGCUCGGCUCGGCUCAGCUCACCUUAGCUCAGACCAGCUGAUCAAGAGGGGGAUUGGAGGGACGACAACAGGAGAGAACGGCUGACCCUUCACAAAGAACCCUCUACACCCCUUCUCCCCUUCCCGUGUCACCUCACCUCCCCCCCACUGCUCUGGCUACAGACGGAGUGAGUUAUGCAGUCCUUCCGUGAGCACAGCAGUGGUUACCACAGCAACCAGCCCUGCUACCAACAGGAGCCCCAUGAAUUAUCCCGCUUGGAAACCUACCGGCAACACCCACAUCAUCCCCACCCCCAGCACCCACACCCAGGCCCUGGUCCGCAUCCAGGCCCAGGCCCAGGGCACACCAGGUCAGGCUAUGAAGCCCAUUCCUUGGCAAACACGGCUAGCAUACCUCCACCUGGAGGAGCGGGACUUGCAGGAGGACCAAAAGACUGUUAUAGCCAACAAACCUAUGCUGGUUACCCAGGAAAUAGUGGAGGAACUGGGAGUGGAACCGGGGGCUCAGCACCAACACAGACAAAGAAAUCGUUUAGAGGAGGCAAAGUGCCCCCAACAAACCCCAGUCAGCAUCUGCAGGGUCCUGGGGGCUACGGCAAUCACAUGGGACCGGGAAACUACUCAGCUCAGUAUAUGAGUGAGGGGCAUCUACAGCAGAAAUGGGACGACCCAGCCCAAUUAGCACAGUAUGACCAGGAGAUGGUGGGGCGUUUGGAGGCUGCUGGCACCCCUGCUCCCAGCUCCUCGCAGUACAUGGACCUAAACAUGAUGGGGCAUUCCCAGACCCAGUGCCAACAGUCCUCUACCCCUAGCUAUACCAGCCCUCAUCACCAGCCCCAUCCUCCUAACCCUGCUCCCUCACCUCUUAUGUAUCCCCAGAAUCACCUUCACUACCCACAGCACUCCCCCUCUCCAUCAUCAUAUAUGGAAAAGUGCGGUACAAUGCCCCAUUGUUAUAAAGGUUACAACAUGGCUCCAAAUUCCCAGUAUGGAAGACAAAUGGGCAGCCACAGUAAUCUGAAGCAGGGGAGCUACAGGUCAGCCCAGAACAAUUAUGUCUACCAGCAGUCCCUCUCAAGAGGUUAUGAGCAGCAGCCCUCUCUACAGACUUUGACCAACCCCCAAGAACCCCAUCCUAAAUACCAACACUUUAACCAACCUCAACAAAACUACUGUCUGUCAGAGUUGCCUGUUAGAUCACCAGAACAGUAUUAUCAGACUUGUAGCCCCUCUUCAAAUCACUCCCCUGCACGCUCUGUAGGGCGCUCACCCUCGUACAGUUCCACACCUUCACCACUAAUGACAAAUCCAGAGUCAUUCCAGUUUGGCCAACCACCCAUGACCCCUGGAGCAGCGUCUACUUCCUCAUCUUCAUCAGUUAGUAUGCAGGAGCAAGCCAGCACCAACACUAUAUUGAUGCCCCCACGUUCACACCCCUCACCCAACGUAUCCCAUGCACCCCCCCACAGCUAUACCACACCACAAGUUCCCUCCAUGAAAGAACGUUUCUCAGAGAAGCUGUUAUCAAAUCCCAGCUUGUGGAGCCUGAAUGCCCUCACCUCUCAGGUGGAGAACAUCUCCAAUAAUGUCCAACAACUAUUGCUUUCAGAGGCACUGGUUGCAAACAAGAAAGGCAGCAAGCGCAGCAGUGGUGGGAGCAACAGCAGUGUUGGAAGCGGAGCAUCCUCUAAAAAGGGUGAGGAGUACAAAAGCCCUCCAUAUCCGGAUGGUGGUGGUAGUAUCAGUGGGGGGGCCCUGCAGGACCCUUACUCAACCCCACAGCACCAGCCAUUGCCCAUGGAACUCCAUGAGGGUGGCUACUCGAGUAGUAGUGAUGAACCACUGGACAGGGGUUACUACUAUUUUGGCCAGGGCAGAAGUCCAGCCCAGGCUCAUAACAACACACAACUCAGCUUGGACACGGCAUCCUCUUGCUCCAUGGCAUCUCCUGAUGACAUGUCUACAAGGUCUGGCGACUCUGGUCUGCACAACCUUACUCCUGACCCUACCAGAUGUCAGACAGGACAGAGAGGUGAUGGCAUGAAUACUCCAGUGAAGAGCAUUGGUGACGAAAGGUCACCAACAAGCAUUACAGUUUCAAGUCCUAUGAAACAAGAAAGAGAUUCCCCUUCAGAUAUACAACCAAUCAAUGACCCUGUCAAAGAGAAUUUUGAAGAAUCAGCCUGGACAGAGAAAUCAGUUGACAAAGAGGGGACAACAACAGAAAAAACCCAUGACUGGGAGAGAGAUUUCGACAUAACUAAAUCAACAGAGAAGGUGGAGAAAUGGUCAGAUGAAGAAAAAUGCCCAGCUGUCUAUAGGAAUGUAAACACAGAGAUGAAAGAAAAAAGCUACUGUUUUGAAGACACAAUUUACCAAGAGGUCCAGACCAAAUACGAUCCAGAUGCAAGAGACUCAGUUGGACAGUCCCCAGCUGCUCUGUGUGACACCAGCAUCAAAGAUCACUUUGGUCAAGAGAUGAAAUCUGAGGCAUUCAAAUCAGAAUCCCCUACUGCAUCUGAGAGCUCAGUGAAAACAUUGCCGUUUGUUUCAAGGGGUGACCUUGAGCAGGAUCAAUAUUCCACAGAGAAGGAGGACAGCUCAGACUACACUUUCUCAACCCCUGAAGAUGAAGCACUGGAAAACCCCAACUCAGACAAAAGAAAGAGCAAAGGUCAGGAGGAUGAAGAAGGCGAAGAGGAUGGGGGAAAGGGAAAAAAGGGGGAGGAAGAGCACAGAGAAAAACAGAAAAGUUCUUCCUCCCAUCUUUUGUGUAGGGAGGACCAAGAGGAGGGGAGCAAAUUGAGCCAGUCAACAACUGAAGAGCACACAAAUAGCCAUCUUUCUGGAGAUCUUUUCUGCAGGACAGAGAGUCAGAGUUCUGAGCUCAAUAUUGACAGUGAACUUACAGGGGCACCUGCCCAUCCGAAUUUAGCAGCAGCAACUGCAGCAAUAGAUGCUUCUGCAAGAGAGUCCGCUAUUGGUGAUACUGCUCCCCAGCCUCAGUCUGCUAUGCCAUUCUUUUCUGCGCUCACUGAAAAGCCAGCACCUCCAGCUCCGGCCAGGGAGCAUAUUGAUCACAGUGAUGCUAAAGUGCUGGAGCCAGACUCUCCUCAGCUGCCAGGGAAGUCAAUACUCCCUUCAGCUCCUUCCUGGGCAAACACUCCACCUUCCCCCAAAAAAGGUGAUGAGGAUAUAGAACCAGGCAUCAGCUGUGCCAGUGCUGUGACCCCACUGGCCAAACCAGAACCUGUGGCCCCAUCUGCUCAGCCGAGGGCAUAUGGGCGUAAGCAUACAAGAGGCAGAAGGAGAAUCAUACAUUCAGGUGUGGGAAUCAGACAAAAACUAAGCCUAGAAAGGGAGAGGGAAAAGGAGCAGGAAGGCGCUAACUCCCCUUCACAGAAAACAGUCAUGCCUUCGAGCAAAACUGUGUUAUUCUCAGAUCAAACACACCUAGCUCAUCAGGAAUCUAUUGUGAGUCAGACUCCCAAAAUGCUGACAGAUGGUUUUCGUUCAAGAAUGUGCACUCGCUCUUUCAACGCAACAGAUUUGCCAUCCAAAGGUGAAACUCAUGUGAAGAGAAGGCCUGGCCCAAAACCUAGUCUAAAACCAGGGCUAAAACCUGGACCAAAACCUGGUUCAAAAUCUGGGCCAAAAUCUGGAACAAAACCAGGACCCAAACCUAGCUUAAAGUCUGGUCAAAAAUCUGGACCUAAAUCAGGACAAAAAACAGUGCCAAGUGACCCAGAACUACCAUCAAAAACUGAAACGUCUGUAAAGCGAAAACCAGGGCCCAAACCAGGUUCAAAAUCUGGAAUAAAGCCUGGAUCAAAAUCUGGUCCAAAAUCAAGUGCAAAGCCAGGCCCAAAACCUGGAGCGAAGUCCGGACCCAAACCCAUGGAAGAUUUAUCACCCACAGACUCUGCCUCCACCAAAGCCUCAGUGGGUCGACCCAAAAGUACAAUUUCUAAAGUAAAACUGGAACAAGAUGGAGACAUAAUUCAGCCCAUCAUAGGACUGCAAAGCAGGGGCAGGAAAAGCAUAAAGUAUACCAUUCCCCAAUCAAACCAGGAUGUUAAACCAAUGCAAGAGCAAAAACAAGCACAGCCUGAUGAAAAAUCACCAGAAAAGGAGAGUAAGAACAUGGUUUUGAGAUCUAGAAAACCUUCCAAGGAAAACCUGUUGAAAGAUAAAAAGAAAAUCAAGGGGGAAGACAUUCAAACCCAGGAACUAGCAGAAAUGAAAGUCACCGACAUAUCUCCAAAGGUAGAAGAGCCCCUUUCUGUGGAGGAAACUCCAGCUCCGAAUCCUGAUGCUGUUAAAACAACGGAUGUUCCUGAAAACUCACCUGAACAAUCAGUUCCACAUGAGCAAUCUGAGAAAGAGACACCCCCUCCACUCAAGCGGAAACCUAGUCCAGGGACUUCUACAACACCUGUAAAGAAAAAGAGGGGCCCGAAGCCAAAACCAAAACCACCUCAACCUAACGUACUGGAACAGGUUGUUCCCGCACUUAAAGAGAAGAGUGUCCGAGCCCAUAGAAGAAAGCGAGGUCCAGCGAAGAAAGCCUCUAUGGAUAUAUCCAUUGCCAAAGACACUCCUCCAAACAGCAGUGCCCCUGAUAUCAUUAGUGAUGUGCCUGCAGUGCCUCCUCAGUGCCCUACUAAAACAAAAGUUCUCCCACCACGUAAAGGCAGAGGGCAGAAAUAUGAGGCCAUGGUGCAGAAGAUUACAUCUCCGAGCUCAAAGAAACAUAUUCCGACUCCCCAGUUGGACAGCAAUCUAACUGAAGAUGUGACAACCAAGGCUUUGUCUGAACACAUCUUAAAAGAAGGUGAAACAUCUAUUCAGAUAAAUAACACUGAGUUAGUAGAGUCGAAAAAGGAGGGAGUAAAACAGCUAGAGGGGGCAGUCAGAAAAGAAGAGAUGAAAGAAGAAAAGGAAAACCAUGUGGUGAGUCAAAAAGUAUCAACAUCAGAGGUAGAGAGACACAGGGUGGAGGGUGAGUUUAUACAUUCAAGUGAGACAAGACAGAAAAACAUUAAACCAGAUAGCCAGCAGGAUGUUGUAGAUGACAAGGCAUGGAGUUCAACAGACACUGCAGUAGAAGUUGGGACUCCAAGUGAGUGGACACAGCAGGCAUCAGAAGGCGUAACUGCUGCUGCCACCAAGUCCACCAGAAUGAAAAGGAAGAGAUGGGCCAUGGUAGAGAGUACAGAUGCCUCUGUAGUUGCACUGGAAGCAGGUAGCCUAAUAGUCACAACACCCAGGCUCGCCAAACAGAGGGCCAUCAAAAACAACCAUGAAAUGCACCUUAAACAGAGAAGGAAGAAAAAAAAGGACCAGGCCCCUUUAGAUGAAACCGAGACGGUUGAGGAGACAAACACUGAAAUGGGAAAACAACAAGAAGAGGUCGAAGACAAAGUGACCACCACAGACUCCACGCUAUCGCUGCCAGUUAACCAGGAUGAGAUCACGGAAGCCCCGGAAGAUGUUAGCACAGGUCCCAUCCAAAGACCUAGAAGAGGCCGAAAACCGUCAGCAAACCCAACCAAGAGGAAAAGAAACAAAGCCUCAUCAGAGCAGAGCCCUGGCAUGCCAGUGAAGGCUCACAAAAAGCCGGGGCCUAAACCGGGGAUGAAAGAUGCCAUUGAGGUCAUUGAAGCAGUUGUACGGGCUGCUGGGUGUGAACAGGCCGAAAAAGAGGAGAAUGAAAAAGAAGAAAGGGAAAGAAGAGAAAGAGAGAAUCCAGAAACAGAAGAAACAUGUAUUGUGGGUCCUGUAGUGACAGUAACAGAAAAACAGGCCGAGGUCAUUUCUGUGAAAAGAAUCAGACGUAAACCGGUCCAUCAAAAUCCCAAACUGUCUUUCUGUCCCUAUGUAAGGAUUAACAACUCCAGAGACUUUUCCUCUUGGUGUGCCAUCGUCAAUAAGCCUGAGGAUGCAGUGAUUUUUCAGAGACGCAGAAAAAAGGGGAUACUUAGAAUGAGAAACCCUUUCACAGUUGCAAAGGUUGUGCCUCACACUCCGGCCAUGCUACAGGGACCCAUGGUCAAUAAAAAUAUAAUUGGUCGGUGUCUUACAUGUUGCCUGUGUGGAAAGCCAGCAAAUUACAAAGACCUUGGUGAUUUGUGUGGUCCCUAUUACACAGAAGACAGCGUUCCACAGAAACAUUUGACCAUCACACACACAAAAUCCUUCAGGGAAGAGUCAGACAAGAGCAAUGACAACAAUGGCAGCUCCACUGAAGAGCCAGGCACCUCCUCAAAGCAGGGAGGUGAAGUGAGUACAGAAAAGGAGGGAAAUACUGAAGCAUCUUCUCAAGGGCCCAGUGGCAGCAAACAUCAUCACUGGCACUACCGACGGGCCGACAGACCAGAGAGACCGCACCGGGAAGGUGUUCCACGAAGAUUAACGCUCAGAGAGAGGUUCAGGAGGAUGAAGCAGCUCCAGACCACCAACACGGGGGCCUCGCAGGACCAAGAGAGCAAUGACAAUGUGUUCCACAGGCUACAAACAGAGGCAGAGGCUAAGGAGCACUGGGCUCAUGAAAACUGUGCAAUCUGGACCAAGGGGGUAAUUAUGGUGGCCGGGAGGCUGUACGGACUGAAGGAGGCUGCCAGCAACUCAGCCCAAACGACCUGCUACAAGUGCCAGAUUGAGGGGGCGUCUCUCAGCUGCUGUUGGAGAGGCUGCUCUCAUAAAUACCACUAUGUCUGCGCCAAAGAGAUAGGCUGCACAUUCCACGAGGACGAUUUCUCAAUCAAAUGUCCGAAACACGAGGACCUGUAAGAUAUUCCAGCGUUCCAACUUCAUCACCAAAACCACCAUCCCUCCACCGACCCAGCAAGGCAAAAUGCUGUCCUAGUAUUCCCCUAAAAAUCACGGGGCUGACUGAUGAUGGACAGGCACGCUGGCCAGAGGCUGCACAGAGGUGGAGCUGGGAACGACCCAAACCCUGGAGAGCUGCUCUGCAGAGUACAUCUGCUCCCUGAAGCCGGGCCAGAGAUGAAUUUUCUCUGCGGAGUCCCUGACUGCGAGGCAGAAGACGGUGACGCUGUGUAACAAGAGGACAUGCUUUGUCUGGAGCCAAGUGCAUAUUGGGACUGUUUAAAAUGCAGAGCGAGGAGCGUGUGUGUGUGUGUUUUGCCUUCAGAUGGGUUGCUAUCAUCCUCGGACAGCUGGCAGACACUGAUUGGACAGAAACAUCCCUCUGGCCACCUUGUCUGUAGGCCAACAGGUGCAUAUGCGCAUGCUUGAGAGUGUGUGUAUGUGUGUGUGUGUGUGUGUGUGUGUGUGUGUGUGUGUGUGACAGCCGUAGCAUUUUCAUUCCACAAACACGUUGUCAUUGUGUGUUUGUGUGCACAUGUCUGAGUGUGAAAAAGCGCAUCUCUAAUUCAAAAUCUCAUGCAUCAGAGAAAAAAAAAGAAGAAGAAAAAAAAGCAGCAGUCAACCACUGGAUGUACUUUCUCAAUUUGUGGGUUUGUGUUGAAAACAAGAGAUGUUAUGACACAAAUAAGGAAACUGUACAUGAUGAUGUGCUUUACAGGUUCUAAAUAUUCCAGUAUCCAAGAGUUUAAAUAAACCGACGCAGUAUUUUAAUAUAAUGCUCUUUGGAGAUGUAUUUUAAUGUGCAUUACGACUAAAUGACAUCAUUGCGUCACGCUUGGUAUACGUCAGGCUCUGUGUUAAAUAUAUAUAUAUGUAUGUAUAUACAUACAUGCAUGUGUGUGUGUGUGUAUAUAUAUGUAUACACACACACAUAUAUAUAUAUAUAUAUAUAUAUAUAUAUGAAAAAGGACAAAAAUAUGAAUUCUGUUCAAGAAUUUAAUUCAACUGUCUGCACAUUCAUAUAUGUACAGUAGACGCCACCAUUGUCACAGAUGAGGGCUCCGAGGAUCCAGCAGGGGGGGUCAGGGCAUUUUACUUCAUCAACUAUGUACAGCCCAUGAGUAUAAACCUCUAAACAUUUCAAAAAUGUACGAUUAUGUCACAUACCACAGCACGACGAUGUGCAUUCAAACCAGAAUCCAUGACACACCUGUCUGUCUGUGUAUCUCAAAUGUAGCCUCUUUCCACUCUGCCACGCUAUGUAACAAUACUGUGCAGAGUGCCAGUCGCAGUUCUGAUCUUAUCAAAAAGGAGACAUAUUUAAGUAUUAAAACAGAAAAAGAAAGUGCAAAUACUGCACACCAAACGUUCUCUUUUAUGAGGCUCAUUAUUUAAUGGUGUACAUAAGUAUUUGAUGCUGUUUAAAUGUAAGAUGUGAUGUACUAAUAUAAUUGUGUAUAGUAUUUCCUAGAGAUGUUUAUUUUCUAUAAAAUGGAAUAUGUUAUUGCUUAUAAAAUGUUAUUAAAAGAAUCCAUUGAUGAAAAAAAAAACUUUUUGGGAAUGUCACUUGUCUUAAGUGGGAGCAUGCCAUUUUAUUGAUUUUCAUGUCUAUUUGUUUGGAUUUGAUGACACAGCAUCACUUUGUUUGAAAUGUUUUUUGUAACGCCAAUGUGAAAUAUACCAGCACCUUUCAAUGCUGCUAUGACCAACGCCUGCUCUUUUUGUCUUCACUGAACACACACUGACACGAGGAC